AUGUCCAGCACCAACGCCAUCUGCUUGUGCCCGCCCUGCAAGACCGGCUACAUGCUGAGUUUUGACCGACACGACACCUGCGAAGGAUGCCUGGGUGUGUGGUGCAGUCAGGUGGUGGUGCCUAAGAGGGUGAAUGCUGUGCUUGGAAAGAAUGUGACUUUGGAGUGCAGGGUGGAGGUUGGCUCAAACCUCACGCUUACUCAAAGUUCCUGGGAGCGCCGUCUACCUUCCGGCUCAGUCGCUGUGGCGGUAUACAACCCAGAUUUCGGCACUUUCAUCCCUCCGGAGUACAUCAAUCGCUUGCAUUUUCGCUCACCCUCCACUCAUGAUGCCACCAUCUUACUGGAGAAUGUGGGAUUCUCAGACGUGGGGAGCUACACCUGUAAGGUAGCGACAUUUCCCCUGGGAAACACUCAAGCGUCCACUACUGUCAAUGUCCUUGUGGAGCCAAAGGUCUAUGUGUCUGCUGGUUCAGCUGCCCUGAUCGAUGGUGGCAAUGAAACUGUGGUGGCCACCUGCAUCGCAGAGCGAGCCCGGCCCCCUGCCGACGUGUCCUGGGAGUCCAACCUCUUUGGCCAGUCAGAGGUGCAGCUUUUUGACGACGUCAACGGCACGACCAGCACACAAGUCCGCUACAUCUGGCAGCCCACGCGCCACGUCCAGGGCCAAGCACUCACCUGUGUGGUCCGCCACCCAGCUCUGCAGAACGACUUCAGGAUCCCCUACGAGCUUAACGUGCAGUUUGCUCCUGAUAUUUCAGUCGUGGGGUAUGACGGGGACUGGUACGUGGGCCGAGAAAAUGUUCAGAUGACGUGCAAAGCCAACGCGAACCCUCCAGCUCAUCACUUCAGAUGGAUCAGGCUGGACAGUGAAAUGCCUGAAGGGGUGGAAAUAAGAAACAGCACUUUGCUCUUCCUGCGUCCGGUCCGACGCAACGACUCGGGCGUUUACAGGUGUGAGGUCGCCAACGACAUCAACCUCCGCAGUCGAGACGUGCGCAUUCUGAUAAAAGAUCCUCCCACCAUGCCUUCCACCAUUACCACUCCUGUCCUCUCUGGCUCCACCUUUGUGAUUGAUAAGGGCCAUGUCCUUCUAAGCUCCCCCACCCUUGAAGCCCUUCCUGAAAGUAAUCUUGGCACCAUAGUGGGCGGGGCUGUGGGCGGGGCCUUGUUCCUGCUUCUGGUUUUGACUCUGGUCGGAGCGUGUUACCUGCGGAAACAACAGACUUUUCAUGGCAGCUACUACGCCAAGCAGAACCUGGGCCUCGGCGAGCUCCAGAAGGCACCUGCGCAGCACGAACUCCGUCCCCCCAAAGCAAGCAGCAGCUCUCGCAGCCAGGACCACGACCGAGAGGAGUGGGGCGACCGUGACCGGCGCCACUAUAACAACUACAACGGAGAACAGUAUCCUGUUAACGGGUACACGAGGGCCAUGAGGGAGAGCGGGCGCCUCAACCAGCAGCAGACUCAUCUUCAGGAAAACACCCAGGUUCCUGGUCAACAAGCCACAAGUACCAGAUACGCUCAUUCACCUAAACCACAGAGAAACGGCGCCCCCUACCGGUCGGAUGACUGCUACAAUAGCAGGGCGGAGGGUGAUUUUGUGUCUCAUACUGAUGGCUCAGUCAUCUCACGUAGAGAGUGGUACGUUUGA